GACGCGGCGCGGGGUGCGGGCGGCAACAUGGCGGGCGGGGGCGCUGAGGGGCGGCUGGCGGGGCAGCCCGCGGUCCCUCCCCGGCGGCUCCUCCUCUGCUCACCUCAGCAUCCCCUGCAUGCCGGCAGUGCCGGGGGCGCUGUGGAGCGGGGCACGGGGCCGCCCGCCAUGGCCGAAGCAGGAGCGGGAAGCACCGAGGGCGCCGAGGAGGAGCGGCGGGCGGCGGAAGAUAAGUUCUCCGUGGAUGGGAGCCCGUGUGUGGCCUGUGGAGGGCCCAGCCUCAUGAAUCCGGUCUCUAAGGCUGCCACCACCACUCCUUUCAAUGCCGCCGUGCCUGACAUUCCAAGGAAACGCAAGGGAAGUGAUUCUGAUAAACAAGAUGCAGUUGAAGUUGAUGGUGAUCCUCAAAAAAGGAGUGAAGAUGAAGAACAUGUUAAAGUAAAAGAUUUCAGAGAGGCUCACAGUCAAACAGAGAAAAGAAGAAGAGACAAAAUGAAUAAUUUGAUAGAAGAAUUGUCUGCCAUGAUACCACAGUGCAAUCCCAUGGCCCGAAAGCUGGACAAACUCACAGUGCUACGGAUGGCUGUGCAGCACUUGAAGUCUUUAAAAGGUUCCAGUAGCUCCUACUCAGAAGUCCGGUAUAAACCUUCAUUUUUGAAGGAUGAUGAACUGCGACAGUUGAUCCUUAGGGCUGCAGAUGGAUUCCUGUUUGUGGUUGGAUGCAACAGAGGAAAAAUUCUGUUUGUCUCUGAAUCAGUUUGCAAAAUACUUAAUUAUGAUCAGGCCAGUUUAAUUGGACAAAGUUUAUUUGAUUACUUACAUCCAAAAGAUGUUGCAAAAGUUAAGGAGCAACUUUCUUCAUCGGACGUCUCGCCUAGGGAGAAGCUCGUAGAUGGCAAAACUGGCUUGCAAGUGCACACAGAUUUCCAAGCUGGACCAGCUCGGCUGAACUCUGGUGCUCGACGUUCCUUCUUCUGUCGCAUAAAGUGUAGCAGGACCACAGUCAAAGAGGAGAAGGAGUGUUUGCCGAACCCAAAGAAGAAAGAUCACAGGAAAUACUGCACCAUUCACUGUACUGGGUAUUUGAAGAACUGGCCUCCUAAUGAGGUGGGAGUAGAAGAGGAAAAUGAUGUAGAAAAGGACAGUAGUAACUUUAACUGUCUUGUUGCAAUUGGGAGGUUACACCCUUAUAUUGUUCCACAAAAGAGUGGAGAGAUAAAAGUCAAAGCAACAGAAUUUGUUACACGAUUUGCCAUGGAUGGAAAAUUUGUUUAUGUAGAUCAGCGCGCAACAGCAAUUUUAGGGUAUCUGCCACAAGAGCUUCUAGGAACUUCUUGUUAUGAGUACUGCCAUCAAGAUGAUCACAAUCACCUAGCUGAAAAACACAAAGAAGUGUUGCAGAAUAAAGAAAAAGUAUUUACAAAUUCCUACAAAUUUAGAGCAAAAGAUGGGACUUUUGUUACUUUAAAGAGUCAGUGGUUUAGUUUCAUGAAUCCUUGGACCAAAGAGCUGGAGUACAUUGUAUCAAACAACACUGUGGUAUUAGGUCAUAAGGAAUCAACUGAAGAAGAAGUCCUCUACAGUUCCCAACCUGCAGAAGAUACUGUAAAACAGUCUUUAGUAAGUGUACCUGGAAUGUCCUCUGGAACAGUUCUUGGUGCUGGAAGUAUAGGAACCGAAAUUGCAAAUGAAAUACUAGAAUUACAAAGGUUGCAUUCUUCACCCUCUGGAGAGUUAAGUCCAUCACAUCUCCUCAGAAAGUCACCUUCUCCAGCUUUAACUAUAAACUGCAGUGAUGUGCCAAAUAAAGAGUUGAUUCAAUUAUGUCCUUCAGAAACAGAAGCUCUGGAGAAUUCAGAACAAACCCAGGGUGCUAUUCCAUUUCCCAGUAAUGAACCUCUCCUCAGUGGCAAUUCUCAGCUGGACUUCGAUGCCAUCUGUGAGAACGAUGACACUGCCAUGACAGCUCUGAUGAAUUACCUGGAGGCUGAUGGAGGCCUGGGAGACCCAGCUGACCUCAGUGAUAUCCAGUGGGCUCUCUAGAGCUGCUUCUUGGGAGUAAGGAAUGUCAAAACCCCUCAUGCACAACAACCCUACAUCCUCAGUACUGUAUUGGAGUUUUCUAAUGGUUCCUUUGAAUUCAGACUUGCUGUCUCUGGGUUUUUUAAAGACUGGAGCCUUGUUCAGAGAGAGACACCUUGUGCUGCACCUAUGGACAAAUGCAAUAUUUUUUUCAUGAUGAGGAAACCUUGAAAUUUUAAUAUUGAACCAUCUGUAACUGGAAUGCUUAGAACACAUUAGUAUAUUUUUGCUAAGAAGCUUUAACCAAAAGUUAUUGUACAAUGUACAGGAUUGCGUUUUCUUAGUUUUAAUACUUCAAACUUUUAUUUAUUGUUUUUGUUUCAAGUUGCAGAAUAUUGGUUAUCCAUGUUACUUUCUGUAGAAGCUACUGUACUUACAUGGUUUGAGAAUAUUUUAACUAUUACAUUUAAUUGAAAUAACGAUUUGCACACACUACAGUUGUAAAAUAAGGUACUGUAUUCUCAAAUGAUGCAGUUUGUGAUUCCUUGCACUUCUCAGCAGUGCAAUUUUUGCAGUCAAAGGUGAAAAUGAAGCCUAUAGUUUUGGGAGCAAGGAUUGGGGUAGGAUCACCCUAAUAAACAGAAGAGAAUGUUUUGAGAAAAACACCCAUUUUCCCAGUGCACAAACUUGAGAAGGGUAUAAGAAAAGAGCAACAAACUAUUAAUUACUGUUUUCUAUUAUUUGUAAUGUAUUAUUAGAGAGGCAGUGCAUAGAACCAGAGAAAAAUAAUGCUCUAUUUGUAAUGAAGCACUUUGGUUUUGUCCCAGGUUCUUUACUAACUAGAGAAAUGUGAAUGGAUAGUCUUGGUUCCAGAGUGAGGCUUGCACUGUCUGUUGGUUAAAAAUGUUAAAAUUCUAGAGCAUCUUUUAUGUUUUUGGAGAGAUUGGGAGAAUUUUCUACUGCUUGAGUGUGUGACUUUUUAAAAUCUCUCUGUACUAUAGCUUUGUAAGUAAAUGCUAUGCAGGAUGAUAUUUUGGGAACAGCUUUUGGAUUGUAUCCGUUACAGCAAAUGACUCAAGAACAUGGCACUUUAGAGGUUGCAUUAGAACAACAUAGCACUAAUAUAGCAAGAGGAUGUUUUUAUCUCUGGUAUUGAAGGUUUAAACAAAUUUUUGCAUCAGUUAUAUAUCAUAAAAUUACAGAUUUUUUUCAUGUUUUCUUCAUGUUUAGUUUUUUUUUUUUAAUUCAGGUAAUGAAAGGAAAGCAUUUGAAGAGAUCUGAUACACGUGCAUCUUUUUAAUACAGACAUUUAAAUGUAGGCACAACCCUAACCUCUCUCACUCCAGCACAAGACCUGUGAGGAGCAGAUGAGGGAGCUGGGAAUGCUCAGCCUGGAGAAAAGGAGGCUCAGGGGAGACCUCAGCACUCUACAGCUCCCUGACUGGAGAUUCCAAGUGUUCAUGACCCAACAUCUGUAACCUUGGCACAAUGGAGAGAGAGUCACAUAAUUGAUGGGCUCUUGGGUAACACUGUUAAUAGGUAACCGUGAGGUUUGUCAGGGUGUUCCUGGAAGGUGCUGUAAGGUGAGCAGCAGGACCCUGAACUCUACAACAGCUCAGAUCCACACUGACACAUCUCUGAGGUUCAUGCUGGAGAGGUUUCUGCAACUAAUUACAUUUUCACCCUCACAGGGGCUAAUUACACAACAUUCCAGAUCAAAUACACAAGACUGAUCAUCUGAAACUGGGCACCCGAAACGGUCCCAAGCGCUGGGGCGGAUUGGUCACUUCUUAAACGACCUUCUGCUUUUUGGGGAGUUGAAACCAGAAACUUCAGGACACAGAAACUUCAGACCAGAAACUUUGUAGCAGAGCUAAGACAGGACAGCAUCUCUUCCAUCAGUUCAGCAGCAGCGCUUUGUCCCAGGACUGAACACGGUGUCACACCGAAGCUCAAGGCCAACAGUUUGCUCUGUUGGGUAUUUAACAAUCAGGAUACUUCAGGCAGCUGAAAGCCAGGACAGCUUUGACAGCCCAGCUAAACAGUUGGUCAGAAGAGCAAACAUUUUCAAGAUAAUGACUCCCGUGGGGCCGGUCCCGGGGCGGGACGGCGGCGGGGGCUGCCCGGAGCCGGCGGAGGUGCGGCCGCCCCGGAGGGCUCUGCGCGGUUCGGCCGCAGACACAUCAAAACAAGAGGAAAGUAUAAUGGUCUGGUCUUCCCUGCCUCAUCUCAGACUGAUCAGUUCUGAAGCAAAAGCAUAGGGAAAACCAGGGAUGAGGAAGCCAGUCCUGAGGAAGAUGGGGAGAUGUGGAAGGAUGGAGACAGCAGCCACCAAAGGCUGGAGAAGGCACAGAGCCAGCCCUUUGCUUCCCAGAGGUGGUGCUUUAGGAAAGUCCCUCCAGCCUGGGAAGGUGCUUUUGGCUCUGGACACAUUCCCAGUCCCUGGGAACAGCAGGACCUGUACUGUCCCUAGCAGGACAGGAAAAAACACUUAACUCAUCCCAUCUUUGCCAACAGCUUUUUUGGUGUUUGAGCAGCCAAACCAAACAGGCUCCAGAACUGCUGGCCUGCACUGGAGGGCCCCAGGUCCUGCCCAUGGUGUGGGAUGCUGGACUUGCCUCUGUGGACAUGUGCUGAGCUCUCACUGCAGGCAACUGUCAGGUCUUGAUGGCUAUGAGUUCAUGUACUUCUCACUGGGGAAUUGGAAAUAAUUAUUAAUCAAUUGCAGAAGAGUUUUAUCAAACCUUUCCCCUUUCUCCCAUAGUGUGGAACAAGGGCAGAGAGAGUAAGCAGAGGAGCAGCCUCGGGCAGGAGAAAGGCACUGUGGGCAAAAGGAGCUCCCUGGUGUCACCAGGGCACCUGUGGGGAACAGAAUGGACACUGUGAGGGCAAAGUGGAGGUAACUCCUGGCAGAGCUGGGGAAUUUUGGGGCCUAAGUUUGAAAUAAUCUAAAGGUUAACAAUGAAUAUUUUUAGUUAAAAAUGAGGUAAUAAGUUGUAGAUAAGUAAGGAAAAUUUUGGGGGUAAAACUUGAGUAAAUCUCUAGGGAGAGAGUGAACACUGACAGACAGAGGCAGUCAAGGAAGUUUUUGGGGGUAUGACUUGGGAAAAUCUGUAGGACAGAGAAUGAACAUAUUAAGGUAGAAAGGAGAUGAUUGGGAGUGGACAUGCAUGGAGAAUUUGGGGGCCAAACCCUGAUAUGUCAGAACAAUAAAUGAUUUUGAGAAAAAUCUGAUGUGAUGUGUAGGGGGCAGAAUGAACAUUUUGGGGAUAAGACAGACGUGACUUGAGUGGGUUUGGUUUUAAAGUCUAGUUAGUGUAUAGGGGACAAAAUGGACAUUUUGGUCAUAAAAUCUGAGUUACCCUGUAGAGGAAAGAAUGCAUAUUUUGAGGUAAAAAGGAGGUAAUCAGAAUUGGGCAGGUAGGGAAAAUAUUGGGGGGGGAAAAAGUGAGGUAGUGUCCAGAGUAGAGAAUGAAUACUUGCUUGUAAAAAAUGAGGGAAGCAGAAGUGGACACACAGGGAAAAUCUGGAGGGCAAAUGUUAAUCCCCAGCAAAGAUAAUGAAAACAGAGGUAAUCACUUGUGGACACAUAAUGAAAACUUUGGGUAUAGAAAGUGUUAUUUUCUCCAGGAUGGAGAAUAAAUAUUUUGAGGUGAACAAGAGAGAACUAGUAGUGGACAGGUAGGGAAAAUCUUGGGGGUAAAACUUGAAAUAAUCUGUAGGGCAGAGAAUGAACAUCUCAAGGGAAAAAUGAGAUAAUCAAUAGCCGACAGAAAAGGGAAAUUUUAGGUAAUCUCUAGGUGAAAGAAGAAACAUUUUAAGGUAAAAUGAGUUGAUCAGUAGUGGACAUCAAGAGAGAAUUUGGGGGCAAAAGCUGAGAUAAUGUAUAAGGGUGAGAAGUAUUUUGGAGAAAAAAAUCUGACAUAAUUUGAAGGGGACAGAUGAAGAUUUUGGGGAUAAGACAGAACCUGUGUGUUUUUUGGUUUUAAAAAUCUAGGUAAUAUAUUGGGGAGAAAAUGUACUUUUUGGUCAUAAAAUCAGAGCUAACUUGCAGGUG